UUGAACCCACGCAUACCAGAGCGCUUUGGUUACUCUAAUUAUUUUCCUUGGGUUCCAAUUUUUAGGAGUGAGUUGCAUCUGAAGAUCGAGCAGGCCUCAUUUACCAUCAGUUUUGAAAAGGUUUCAUACUUGUCCAUGGCCGGUAAAUGAAAUACCAACCACCGCUGUGACUGUGACUGUGACUGUGACUGUGACUGUGAUUGCUAAAGCAGGAACUGAAAAAUCAAAGCCAUGAAUUAAAUUUAGAAUUGAUUGGUCCCUUUGCUUGUGCCAGCCAACUUUGGAAAUAUAUGCAUUACGAUGGUAGUUGAGAACUCUGUAGUGCUUUUAGUCUUCGCAUUAGCUAUUUUGUUGAUUGCUCCAUCCAUUCCUUAUAUAUAAAUAUGUACAUGCGUCGGAAUCAAAGACAAAUUCUUGAAACUGAGCCCAUAGUCAAUGGAGGACUUGACCAAUGCAUUACACAAGAAUCCUGUAGACACUGCAGAUGGCUUGCCCUCGCUGGAUUGGAUAACUAGACUGAAGAUUGCAACUGGUGUGGCUGAGGCUAUGUGCUUCCUUCAUGAUGAGUGUAGCCCGCCAUUAGUGCACAGAGAUGUCCAAGCAAGCAGUGUCCUUCUCGAUGAUAAAUACGAAGUGCGACUUGGGAGUAUGAGUGACAUAUGCGUCCAGCAAAGUGGGGGAAGCCAGAAUGUCUUCUCUCGGAUAUUGAGAUCAUCAAAGUCUCUCGACAAGCACACAUCAGGUCCACCGGCCACUUGUUCCUACGACGUCCUGUGCUUUGGCAAGGUGCUGCUGGAGCUGGUGACCGGCAACUUCGGCAUCAGCGGGUCGAACGACGCCGCCUCCGAGGAGUGGCUGGCGAACACGCUGAGCAAGAUCAACGGCGGCGACAAGGCGAGCAUCACGAGCAUCAUCGACCCGCUGCUCGUCGUCGACGAGGACCACCAGGAGGAGGUGUGGGCGGUGGCGAUCAUCGCCAAGACCUGCCUGAGCGCCAAGCCCUCAGGUCUGGCAGGGCUCCUCCCGGUCCAACUCGGCGCGGCUGCGGAGCUCGUCGUCGCGGAGCUCGUGGCAGUCCGUGUUCCAGGGGAACCACCACCACCGGGCGCACAGCCUGGACCGGCGGCACUCGGCGCGGUCGCACGGGAGCGCAGGCAGUGGGGAGGGGUCCUUCUCGUUCUCCGUGCAAUUGGCGGUUGA